GUGACUCCUCCUCCAUGUGACUGAUCACAUGACGGUGACAUCAUCGCAGGUCCUGUAAGCACACGGCUCCUCUACAGAUACAGGUUUCUCCAAUCCAGGAUCCUCUGCUGAUAUCUUCUAUAUAAGAGACUUCUCCUGGAUGACCCAUCAACCAUGGAGAGAGACAGGAACAAGAUGGCCGACAGGAUCAUAAACCUCACCCUACAGAUACUCUUCCGGCUUACUGGAGAGGAUUACACAGUAGUGAAGAAGUCCUCUAGUGGGCGCUGUCGGGCCCCUGUGUGUGAAGGAUGGGGAAGAACCCUGAGCCCAAUCCCGGGGCCCCCACCUCACUCCCUGAUACAUGAGGAAAUGGAUGAACAGAAGAUCCUAGAACUCAUCAACAAGAUGAUGGAGCUGCUGACUGGAGAGGUUCCUAUAAGGUGUCAGGACGUGGCGGUCUAUUUCUCCAUGGAGGAGUGGGAGUAUGUAGAAGGACACAAGGAUCAGUACAAGGAUCAGGUCAUGAUGGAGGAUCAGCAGCCCCUCACAUCACCAGUCAGAGCCAAUAGGAGAACAGCACCAGAGAGGUGUCCCCGUCCUCUUCUUCCACAGGAUGAUCAGGGUCAAGAUCUGAACAAUAUUAAUGCUCCAGAGACAGAUGUGAGUGGUGAUGAGCAGUAUAAGGAGGACAUUCCAACAGGAAAAGAUCUGAACAAUAUUAAGGCUACAGAUUUGAAGGAGGAAGAGACAGAUGUGAGCGGUGAUGAGCAGAAUAAGGAGGACAUUCCGACAGGAAAAGAUCUGAACAAUAUUAAGGCGACAGAUAUGAAGGAGGAAGAGACAGAUGUGAGCGGUAAUGAGCAGAAUAAGGAGGACAUUCCGACAGGAAAAGAUCUGAACAAUAUUAAUGCUACAGAUAGUGAGGAAGAAGAAGAGACAGAUGUGAGCGGUGAUGAGCAGUAUAAGGAGGACGUUCCUACAGGUAACCGCCCAGAUUCUUGUACCAGGAGAUCAGAGGAGAAUCUUAUAUCUUCAGAUUAUAAAGCAGAUGAUGAUAUCACACAAGAUACAUAUGAAGAACAUUCCAUUAUCCCAGAUACACCCUCAGCCCUUCACAGCCAAGAUCUGUCAUCUCAUCCUUAUAUACAGGUCCUGUCUUCUCAGUCAUCACAGGAUGUUCAGCAAAAAAACGGUCACAGAAGGGGUGAUGGACAUCAACGAGCUCAUACAGUAAAGAAACCAUUUUCAUGUUCAGAAUGUGGGAAAUGUUUUACUUCUAAAUCAAGUCUUGUUAAACAUAAACAAACUCAUACAGGGGAGAAACUAUAUUCAUGUUCAGAAUGUGGAAAAUGUUUUACUGUGAAGCCACAUCUUGUUAAACAUAAAAGAACUCACACAGGGGAGAAACCAUUUUCAUGUUCAGAAUGUGGAAAAUGUUUUACUCAGAAAUCAAAUCUUGUUCAACAUCACAUAACUCACACAGGGGAGAAGCCAUUUUCAUGUUCAGAAUGUGGAAAAUGUUUUACUAAGAAAUCACAUCUUGUUGGACAUCACAGAACUCACACAGGGGAGAAGCCAUUUUCAUGUCCAGAAUGCGGGAAAUGUUUUACUAUGAAAUCACAUCUUGUUGAACAUCACAGAACUCACACAGGGGAGAAGCCAUUUUCAUGUCCAGAAUGCGGGAAAUGUUUUACUAUGAAAUCACAUCUUGUUGAACAUCACAGAACUCACACAGGGGAGAAGCCAUUUUCAUGUCCAGAAUGUGGGAAAUGUUUUACUAGGAAAUCAACUCUUGUUAGUCAUCAAAGAACUUGCAAAAGCAAUAAGCCAUUUUUAUGUACAGAAUGUGGAAAAUCUUUUACUGAGGAAUCACAUCUUGUUGAACAUCACAGAACUCACACAGGAGAGAAGCCAUUUUUAUGUUCAGAAUGUGGGAAAAGUUUUACUCAGCAACAUCAGCUUGUUAGGCAUCACAGAACUCACACAGGGGAGAAGCCAUUUUAAUGUCCAG